CCAGCCAACCAGCCAGAGCCCUGCGUGAGUAAAUCACCAGCAAGUCCCGUGGAUCUCGGCACCCGCACGCCCUGGGCGGGGAACUGAUUGGCAGGCGGGGCGAGUGGGUAGGCAGGAAGGCGCUUAUCCCCGCUCGGAUGCUAGGACUUUCCCCUCUGCCCUUGCGAUCGUUUCGCCGGCGCCAGUUCAAAUCGGCAGGUUGGGAGGCGCGGUCGUGGUGGUUGGUGGUGGUGGUGGUGAGAAAUCCUCGAUCCUAAUCUUGGAACCCCUGAUCCGAAUCCUCUCUCCAGGCUGCAGCACCACCGCGCGCCGUGCGCUACUUUUCAAGAACGGGUCCUUUGGUGAGCGAAAUCGCUAAGGUGUGGCUUUUACACUUUGCGAAAGAUCUUGGUACUUCAGGCAUCAAUGAUGAUCCAAUGGAGCAACCCUAAAACAGUUAACAUAGAGCAGUGCCAGUUUACUUAUUCAUCAAAGCAGGUCCAACUUCCAGUCUGGAGUUGAUUUCCCCAACCUGAUGCAUCAUACAUUAUGGUUCAUGUCAACUUGCUUAGAAAAUGCAUUUACAUCCUCCUGGCAUUUAUUCUGGUUCUGACUAUUUGUUUGUGGAAGGAAACACGGAAAGGACUUUAUUUUUCUCUAAAAUCAGAAAGCCAGCCCAGUCACAUACUGGUGAAGAUGUGGAGAUGGGGCACCCUCAAACAAGGACUGGCCCAGGAUGCACCUAUCAAUGUCACAAAGAAACUCUCUUUGUCUGCCAAAACACUACGCCUUAAUACCUCUACAGCAGUAGCAGGCAGUAAGUUAACUGCAAAGCCUAAGGAAUUACCCAGUGCUAUCAAAGUAUGGAACAAGAAUAGCUCAUCUCAAAGCCUCAACCCUCGACUGCAAAAGGCAAGGAAAAACUACCUACAAAUGAACAAAUACCAUGUCAAGUACACUGGACCAAAAUAUACUACUAAACUCAGUUCUGAAGAAAUCCUGUGCCAGCUUCGCAGUCGUCUAGACUUUGGGAUGAUAACUGCAGCAGAGAGCCCCUUCAAUACAUCAGAAUGGGAGGCAUACUUGCCCAAGGAAAACAUCACCAUGCAUCUGGGCCGGUGUGCAGUUGUGUCCUCAGCGGGAUCCAUGAGGUCAUCCCAUUUGGGACCUGAAAUAGACAGCCAUGAUGCAGUAUUGCGGUUCAAUGGGGCCCCGACCAGAGGGUUUCAGGUUGAUGUAGGAGAGGAAACAACAAUACGCCUUGUUAAUUCUCAGCUCAUUACUGUUGAAGAACAGAAAUUUGCUUCAGAUCCACAGUAUAAUUUUGGAACCUUAAUCGUAUGGGACCCAGCACCAUACCACUCAAAUAUCCACGAAUGGUAUCAAAAACCAGAUUACAAUUUUUUUGAAAGCUUCAAGCAUUAUCGGAAAAAGCACCCUGAGCAACCUUUUUAUAUCCUGAAUCCGCACAUGCAGUGGCAACUCUGGGACAUCCUUCAGGAGAACUCGCCUGAAGAUAUUCAGCCAAAUCCACCUUCUUCAGGAAUGCUUGGUAUAGUUCUCAUGAUGAACUUCUGUGAUGAAGUCGAUGUUUACGAAUUUCUUCCUUCCAAAAGACGAACAGACAUUUGUCAUUAUUACCAGAAGUUCUUUGACCAAGCCUGCACUAUGGGCGCCUACCACCCACUGCUCUUUGAGAAAAACAUGAUAAAGCACCUUAAUCGAGGAAAAGAUGAAGACAUUUAUAAUUACGGAAAAGUGACUCUGACUGGCUUAAGGAAUAUACAGUGUUAGAAGUGUGGUUCCCUCAUUCUGGGCUUGGAAAGCCUUGAAUCACAAGGCACUUUAAAAAAAUAUUUUUUUUUUU